AUGACAUCUGAAACAACCAGCAACUGGCAAGACCUCGUCGCCGCCAAACGCCAUGAAUGCGAGCAGAAGAUACCCCAGAAAUGGGUUCUAAGCGCAGAAAAUGUGGCGCUCGCGCAGGAAUCCCCGCGUUUACUUGAUAUUGAGCUUCCCCGUCGCUGUGGUCUGCUCUCCGAUGUCGAACUGGAUCUGACGGAAAAUUAUACCGCAAGCCAGCUAUUGGCCAAAUUGGGAUCGGGGCAGACCAGUUCGUUGGCUGUUACAACGGCGUUUUGCAAGAGAGCUGCUAUUGCACAGCAGGUUAUAUCUUGUCUCACGGAGACUUUCUUCCCCCAGGCGCUGGAGCGUGCUAAGUACCUGGAUGAUUAUCUCCAGCGGGAGGGUAAGCCUGUUGGUCCCCUACAUGGUCUACCGAUCAGUAUAAAAGACACUUUCUGUGUCGAGGGUGUGCAGUCAACGAUUGGAUAUGUCGAACUACUUAAGAAUGAACCCGCGAAGACAAACUCAGCGCUAGUGAAGAUGCUGCUGGAGUUAGGCGCGGUUUUAUACGUAAAGACGAACAUCCCACAGACACUGAUGACAGGAGACUCGGAUAAUAACAUCUUUGGCCGUACCCUUAAUCCACUCAAAACCACCCUUACGGCCGGCGGAUCCAGCGGCGGCGAGGGUGCACUGAUAGCAUUCCGAGGAUCGAUUUUGGGCGUGGGGACCGACGUCGGUGGCUCGACUCGCAUCCCUGCGCUAUGCUGCGGUGUGUACGGCUUCAAGCCAACAAGCGACCGAAUCCCCUUCGGUGGACUGGUCUCUGGCGCCGUGGAGGGGAUUCCAGGACUUAUUACAGCCGUGGGUCCGCUAGCACAAAACAUCGCGGAUCUCAAGUUGCUGAUGCGUUCCGUUAUCGCCGACGGCCAUGCGUGGAAAUAUGACUCUACUGCCAUCGGAGUUCCAUGGCAAAGCAUCCCUCCCAACGCCAAUGAAAACUUGACUAUUGGUGUGCUUGCUGAGGAUAAGCAUUUCCCGCUCCACCCGCCUGUAAAGAGGGCUCUAGAUCGGGCGGUUGAGGCGUUGACGCGCGCAGGACAUCGUAUCGUCCGACUUGGUGGUGACGAUGAAACACAGAGUGUGGCAUAUGUGUCGCGUCUUGCGUUUCAGUAUCUUACGUAUGGCCCGCACACUGAUUUUCUUGCGGCCAGUGGCGAGCCCGCUGUGGCUUCGGUUGCUGCGGGUGCGUCGCCGGCCUUCUCUGGUCCGUUCCCUGUCCAGCAAGGUCUAGGAACGUUUGAAACCAUCACGGCGUUGCAUGAGGCUCGCCAGCGAGUUCACGAUGCCUGGAGGCAGACAUGGGUGAAUCAGAACCUUGAUGUGAUUCUGGCUCCUGGAGCUCAGAGCACAGCUGUGGCCUACGAUACGUAUGGAUGGCCUGCUUAUACGGUGAUAUGGAACGUCUUGGAUUAUCCCGCAUGCAUUAUUCCAUUUGGAAAAGCGUCCAAAGAGCUUGAUCCCGAGCCUAUGACAACAGGUGCUAAUACGCAGCCGGACUAUCACCCCGAUGAGGUAGAUGGUGCCCCAUGUGCUAUCCAGAUCAUCACACCGCGCUUCCAAGAUGAGGAGUGCCUUUGGGCGGCGGAUAUCAUUGACCGGGCAUUGGCCGUUUAUGGCAAGGAGUAA